AUGUCAGCAUUAACACGUUUAUCUCUUACAUCAUCUUCGGCAUUAUGUCGUUGGACACAAUUUAUGACAAAUAAGAAUAAUUUAUUUUUAAAUCGUUUACCUACGUUGAGCGCAAUCGUUCCAUCGAAUCCUCAACGUUCUAUUCAGACAUCAGCCAUACGUUAUGAUAUCGAUAGCGCAGCGAAAUAUAUUGGUGCUGGAGCAGCUACAGUCGGAGUAGCAGGAGCUGGAGCAGGUAUUGGAACAGUGUUUGGCUCAUUAGUUGUUGGCUACGCAAGGAAUCCAAGUUUAAAACAACAAUUAUUUUCCUAUGCCAUUUUGGGAUUUGCCCUAUCUGAAGCCAUGGGUCUAUUUUGUCUUAUGAUGGCUUUCAUCCAGAGUGGCAUAAUGUUACUGAAAUCUACUACCAGUCGCUUAAGAACUAUUUCAAUUGUUCAACAUCUUCGAUUCUCUAGUGCUAUUCCAUCAUCAACAGCAACAAAAGACGAUGAACGAAAUAUUCUUCGUAUUGGCUCUGUAUCAACUGUCGUUCAUUCGCCUAAAGAUCCAGCAUUUGUACCUCGUCUCUAUUAUGAUAAAAUUUCAUUUCCAAAAUCCUAUAUCAAACAUUUAGAAUGGUUAAUGAAGAAAGAUCUUCUUAAUCAAGAUUCUCUGCUAAUCGGUGCGCCCGGUCCACUUCGUCGUCAGUUGGUUAUGGCCUAUUUAGAAUUAAAUAAUAAACAAUUUGAAUAUAUUCAACUGAAUCGAGAUAUAACCGAUUCGGAUAUAAAACAACGACGAGAAAUUCUGGAUAAAUCGGCUUUGUACAUUGAUCAAGCGGCUGUGAAAGCAGCUGUCACUGGACAUGUGUUAAUUCUCGAUGGAAUUGAAAAAGCGGAAAGAAAUGUUUUACCAAUUUUGAAUAAUCUUUUAGAAAAUCGUGAAAUGAAUCUAGAUGAUGGUCGAUUUUUAGUGUCAACACAACGCUAUGAUUCAUUACUAAAAACUUAUACCAAAGAACAACUUAAUCAACUCAAUUUUGUACGUGUUAAUGAACAAUUUCGAAUUAUUGCAUUAACACUACCGAUACCAGCGUACAAAGGCAAUAGUUUAGAUCCACCAUUGCGCUCUCGUUUCCAGCUACGUGAUAUUGGCACCCUUUCAUAUGAUGAACACAUUCAAUUAUUAAAAUUAAAAUAUCCUCAAAUAAACGAUUCAGUUUUACAAAAUCUCUUAUCAUUUUCAACAUUGAUCAAUUCUACCGAGUUAGAUACGUUGAAAUUAAUACAUUUUCCAACGGAGCGAAUUGAUCUAAUGUUAAACUUAUAUAACGUAAGCUCGUCAACACUGACUCUUCCAGAUUUAAUUCAUCGAAUAUAUCCAUACAAUGUACUUUAUCAACAUUCAACGGAAACAAAACAGGGUAUUAAUGAUAUUUACAAAAAAUUAUCAAUCAACUCAAACAUAAUCCAUAAUCGUCGUGUAAAAAGUAUUAAGAUCGAAAAUUCUGUUGCUCAAGUCAAUUUGGAAAUAGAUGGCAAGGAACAUCAAAUAAAAGUUUCGGCAGGUACAUCGGUAACCUCUUCAUUACCAAACUUCAUUAUGACACCCUAUCAUGAAAAUUUACUUGUCGAUUUAAUUUUAAGUCAUGCUGUUGGCGAUAUCUGUCUUGUUGGUUCAAAAGGUUGUGGAAAAAGUUUACUAACUGAAAAUUUUGCAUCGUUACUCAAUUAUUCAAUUGAACAUUUUGUAUUGUACAAAGAUUUGAGUGCCCGAGAACUAUUACAACAGCGUGUAACAAAUGAACAUGGAGAUACGCAGUGGAUAAAUACACCCAUAGUCGAUGCUGCAUUGAACGGAAAAAUUCUAGUAUUAGACGGAAUUCAUCGAUUAUAUUCAGACACAUUAAUUUCGUUACAACGACUUGUACAAGAUAGAGAAUUGACCUUGCCUGAUGGUACAACACUACUGAGACAUGAUCGUUAUGAUUAUAUUCAAAAUGAAGUGUUAAAUUGUACAACUGAAACUCUUCUUGCAAAGAAAAUUUAUCGUAUUCAUCCAUCAUUUCGCAUCAUAGCUUUAGCAGAACCACCUGGUGGCGAUAGCACAACGGCAUCAACAACAUCUGGUAGCUCACCAAACUCAGUUAAUGAACAAAAUUGGCUACAUGCCGAAACAUUAACGUUGUUUCAAUAUCAUCAUAUGAGACCAUUGAAUUAUGAAGAAGAACGUCGUAUUGUUUAUUCAGCUUGCCAUAUUGAUAAAGAUAAUACCACUAUUGAUCGUGUUUUACGGUUUGUUAAUGAUUUAAGAAAUUCUAAUGAUAAUCAAUUGAAAAUGGUAUCACGUUCAUUAUCAACAAGAAAUGUAAUACGAAUCGCGAAACAUCUGAAAUAUUAUACGUCGGAGAGUGAUCAUCUUUAUGAGCUAAUGAUGAAAUCAACGUGUGCACAAUUUUUACCAAGAUUAGUUUAUGAAGCAUUCAUUGAUACAUUGAACAAGGCCGGAAUUAAAGAGAGUGUGUCUGAACUAUCAUCGUCCAGUUUAAAUUUAUCACCAUCAAACCACGAUACUGAAAAAUUAUUAUUUGAUCAUGCAGCAAAAGUCCCGUUUACGACUUACUACGAAAAUCCGUUACAUAAUGAUAUUAUAAGAAAAAUGCAUGAAUCAUUUACACUCGGAGAGCAUUUACUUUUAAUUGGGCCACAGGGCGUAGCGAAAAAUCGUUUAACUGAUCAUUAUUUACAAACACGAAAGUUACCACGUGAAUAUAUUCAAUUACAUCGUGAUACAACUGUUCAAAGUCUAACAAUUCAAGCAAAUGUCAUUGAUGGACGUAUUGUUUAUGAAGAUUCUCCGUUAAUUAAAGCAAUCAAGUAUGGAUCAGUUGCUGUUAUAGACGAAGCGGAUAAAGCUCCUUCGCAUGUGACAUCUAUCUUAAAAUCAUUGAUAGAAAAUGGUUACAUGUAUUUGAGUGAUAACAGACGAAUUUUUCCACCCAAACAAGAACAUCAAAAUGAAGCUGACAUUGAUCCAAAUAUUAUUCAUAUUCAUCCAAAUUUUCGAAUGAUUGUAUUAGCUAAUCGACCUGGUUUUCCAUUUUUGGGCAAUGAUUUUUUUGUUAAUCUUGGUGAUUUAUUUGCUACAUUUCCAAUUUUGAAUCCACCACGUGAAUCAGAAAUUAUUUUAUUAGAAAAAUUUGCCCCUGAUAUAAAACAACAACGCUCAACUAUUGAAUUAUUAGUAGAUGUUUUUACUGAUUUACGACAAUUGUACAAUGAGGGAACAAUUAAUUAUCCAUUUUCAUUAAGAGAACUCGUUAGCAUGGUUAAACAUAUGAAUAAAUAUCCUGAAGAUAAUCUACCCGAUAUUCUUCGAAAUGUAUUUGAUUACGAUAAUUAUAAUGUUGAUUUACACGAUCGAAUUCGAACAAUUUUACAUCGACAUGGUAUACCCUUUAAUAUAGACAAUCGUCAUGUUAAACUAUCAAACACCUAUCCAAUUAAUCUAAAAUUUUCAAACGAAAAAUGGUUAACAAUCAAACAGGAAAAAGGUAGACUUUUACAAGAACAUCCUAUUCGAACAUCAAACAUAUUAAAACAAAAACAACCAAUUUUAAUUGAUUCAUUAAAUCGAAUAAACUCCCGAACACAAACAUUUUCAGAAUUAACGUUUAAUUAUCGUUUACCGAUGGAUGAAACAGCAUUUGUUCAUGAUUUUAAUAUUCUCUCAAACGAUACUGCACUUGUUCUAACAGCAAACCCACUAUGUUUAUGGACGUUUAAAAUGAAUGAAAAUCAAGCAAAAAAAUUUGAAAUUAACAAUCUUUUACAGCCACAAAAUAAUGCACGUUAUUAUACACCACAAUAUCAACUAUAUGUCAUUCCCGAUCAAACUAAUACGGUGGUUAUAGGUGAAUCAAUCUCACAAAAUUUUGCUUUUUUCAAUAUAAUGGACGGUACAGGGUCCUUAAUAGAAAACGGACCGUCAUCAAUUGUGCAGAAAGUCUCAAAACUGUUGCAACCAUCAUCAUUAUUAUCUAAUUCGUCCUACAAUCCGACGAACGGUCAACUCAUUGUUUAUGGUGUCAACAACGAUAUUAUUCAUUUGUAUGAUUUUUGCAAAAAUAUGUUUAAACAAAUUAAAUUACCAUUUAUAUUUCGUUCAAUUGUACCGUUUCAAGAUACGUGGAUAUUCAAUGAUAAAGAUCAACAGUCAUUUAUGAUUCACAUAGACAACAAAAAUGAAGACAUUCCAGUAUGGUUAAUACAACAAAAUAUCCAUAAUAUUGGCUUCGGAUAUAGUGGAAAAGAAUGGUUUACCAGCAGUGAAGAUUAUUUCGCUCGUGUUGUUAAUAAUGACAAUUCAUUGGACAUUGAUCGAUUGAAACGUCCCAAACGUUUAUUAAUGGAUGUUAGUCCAUCGGAAACGUAUGAAAAACGUCGUUUACAAACAUUUUACAAUCAAAAACACUCGAUAAUUGCGUCUUUGUACGCCAAAGAUUUAGUAGAGAAAAAAUUCAGAUCCAAAGAAGAGUCAGAUAUUCUUAGUUAUCUAGAAGUAUUGAAUUUAUCAAAUAAUUAUAUCACUUAUAUUCCACUUUUGAAACAACAACGGUCAUCAACACAACACGAUUGGUUUAUGCAUACAAAAUCAUCGAGUGGUGUCUUAGCCGCACAAGCAAAAGAUGGAACCUUAUUAACAAUUGAUUCGAAAGCAAAUAUUUCAACAUUUGAAAUAGUACCAUCAGCAUUGGAAAUAUCACUGGAUAAUUGGAAUAAACAAGUAAAGACAAACGAAGAAAAUUUAAGUAUUGAAUAUUUGAAAGGAGGCAAAACCGAUUUAAGCGGACCAAAACAUGGCAAAGUUGAUCCAAAUAACCAACCACAUGUAGGAGGUAAUCGAUGGGCUGGUGGUAGUGGUGGUAGAGACACCGCAGGAUUAGGAGGCAUUGGUGGUCCAUAUAGACUGGAUAGUGGUCAUCAAGUUUAUCAAGUGCCAGAUGAGGUUAAAAAUAAUGUACCCGAUCAUAUAAGAGAAGCAGCACGUGAAUUAGGUCAAAAAGUAUUUAAACAACGUUUAAAAGAAAUUGAAAUGUCUGAAUAUGAUAAUGAUGUAUAUCAAAAAUAUUCAUCAAAAAUACAAUCUGAAAUUAAAUUACUUCGUUCAAUUAUUGAAAAUCUUGAAUCAAAAUCAAAGGAUCGUCAAUGGAUACGUCAUCGAACAUCGGGUGAUUUUGAUGAGAGAAAAUUAAUUGAAGGUGUUAUUGGUGAAACAUCAGUUUAUAAACAUCGUGCGGAUAUACCACCCGAACCGGGCACACCACAAACAAAGGCAAAACGUUUACGUCUUAUUGUUGAUUUAUCAGCAUCCAUGUAUCGUUUUAAUGGUGUUGAUGGUCGAUUAGAACGUCAAUGUGAAUGUGUUCUCAUGUUUUUGGAAUCUCUUAGUGGCUAUGAACAUAAAUUUGUUUACGAUAUUAUUGGUCAUUCAGGCGAUAGUCCAGAUAUUGAAAUUGUUUCUAAACAUCGAAUACCAAAAAAUAAUAAAGAACGUUUGAAAAUAAUUAAGACAAUGUAUACACAUACAAUGUUUUGUAAUAGUGGUGAUUAUACACUAACAUCAACAAAGCAAUCCAUUGCACAAUUAGCCAAAGAGGCAGAUGAAAAUUUGGAUGAACGAUUUCUGAUUGUGAUAUCAGAUGCUAAUUUUGAUCGUUAUGGUAUUUCACCGAAAGAAUUUGGACAAUUAUUGAAUUCAAAUGAAAUGGUUCAAUGUUUUGCUAUUUUUAUUGGUUCCCUUGGACAACAAGCCGCACAAUUGCAGAAAAAUUUACCUAGUGGAAAAGGUUUCGUUUGUCUUGAAACAAAAAAUAUUCCCAAAGUAUUAAAAACAAUUUUUACAAGUGAUGUACUCCAUUAG